AUGCCCGGAAAACAACUUAUUGUCUUCGACUUUGACUGGUCCUUCGUAGACCAAGAUACCGACCGAUGGGUUUUCGAGGUAUUAUCAACCGAAUUGAGGAGGUUGUUGCAGACUAGAAAAUCGGCUGGGACCGGUAUGCAAUGCACACCUGAUGUAGUUAAUGAUACUAUGAAAGAUCUUUAUGAGAAGGGGUUCAAGAAGGAAGAUGUCUUAGAAGCGCUCAGGAUCUUACCAUUCCACCCAGCCAUGAAACGUGCGGUUACUUCUUUGCAAGCCAGAUCCAAGGACACCACUUUCUUGUGUUUGUCCAAUUCCAAUGAAGUCUACAUCGGUACUAUCCUCGAAAAACACGGUCUGACCUCCCUCUUCUCCCAAAUCAUCACCAACCCAGCUCACUGGAAUCUUUCCGCUCCGGAUCAUCUGAUCAUUGGACGGAGAUUGCCCGCCGACCAGCCUCCUCAUGGAUGUUCCGUAGGCUGCCUGGCAAACAUGUGCAAAGGUAAUGAACUCGAUACUUACCUAGCUGCCAAUGGCGGUAAAGAUUCCUUCGACAAGAUCGUCUACAUCGGAGAUGGUGGGAACGAUUUCUGCCCUUUGUUGAGAAUGAGAAAACAGGAUCUAGUCCUGUGUAGGAAAAACCUGGAAUUGCACGAGAGGAUACUUAACGAAAGUGAAAAGGCGGGAUUGAAAGUGGAUGUCAAGUAUUGGGAACAGGCUUGGCAAAUCGAUGAGUGA